UGCAGACGAGAUGGAUCAUUUGUGUGUUCUGUUGAUUGUUGUGGGCGUGGCACUCCCAUGCCAUGGUAUGAACCCCCCACGCCUUCCCACUCUACCCCCGCAGUUCAGUUUGCACCAGGAAGUGAUUGACAUCAGCGGGAAGCGAUUGGUGGCUUCAACGGAGAUAUUUGACUAUCAUGCUAAGCUGGCCAGGACAGACCUGGUGCCUCCCCCAAAGUCUGACCUGGAGAGACGGUUUGGUGCGCGACCUGUCACGAUCAUUGGUGACUUUAACACAGGAUACAGAUAUGUGAUUGACCGCUGGCAGAGGAACUGCACCAUGGGGCCCCUCACGGUACAGUCCUGGGCGGUACAGACCGGUCCCGGGACGUAUGUCACCAUGAGGCAUUCGUACGACCUUUUCGAUCAGGUAGCGACAUCUGCCGCCUACCAAUACAAGGGACAGACACAGAUAAGAAAUCUCACAGUUGAUCAGUGGACAAAAUCCAGCAAUUCUGGAGCCGAGGAAAAAGUCUUCAUUCUUGCGCAUGACUGGACAUCAGUUUCAGAGGAGUCUCAGGGCCCAGCGACAGACAUACCCGUUGGCCUGAGCAUUAACCAUUAUGAGUCAGGAGUGCUAGCGUUCCAGCAGAUGUACCACAUCUAUGACUUCUACAAGGGUCACCCGGAGAGGACGGCCUUUGACAUCAAGGACUGCUUUUCUUUCAAUAAUGAAUACAAGACCCUCAUGUUCAUGCUGGAAGGAUCUUACUACUACAAUGUGUACGGAAAGCAUGAGCAAGUCUACACGGCCGUAACCAAUGCUAUCGCUGUGCAUGCCAAAGUCUCUGCCAUUCGUGUCACUGAUGUGCAAAUCUAUCAGACAAUUCCUCUGUACCUUGACAUUGUCUUCACGUUGAGGGAUCGACCUCCAAAACUUGAUAAUGUAAAGAGUGAGUCAGUGGAACCCAGUUUGACUGAAGCCUACGAGAACCUGGAUGCUGCUGUGGAUGAGGGCUUCACCAUCACCGUGCCCUACAAGAAUGGAACAAAGGACCUGAAAGUAUUAUUGUCUAGCCUUUGGGAAAGACAGAAGUGGUAUUCCAAGUCUGGACCAUCUCAGCUGAAGAAGUACACCCCUGGUGCGAUGGCAGGCCUGGGUAUAGGGAUGCUCCUGUUGGGAAGUGUCCUGGGCGUUGGUGCUGCGGCCUUCAUACACAAACGCAUGAAUACAGAAGUACCCUACAAGGUCACAGAGUGAGGGAUUCAGACCAUUCAUUCUCAAAACGUACGACACUCAAGAAGGAUGGUUUUGGACCACAGAAGAAAGUGCAUUUGGAGCUGUUACUUUGAAUUCGUAAGAUUUUCCAAAUCAAAAAAAAAAAACCCAAAAAACAAUCUACACGGCAUAUAUGCUCUGAGUUUUCUGGGACAUGACGUCACAAAAAAUUAAUGAUUUUAGAGUUCCUAUUAUGGGUAUAUGUGUACUUCAUUAAGAACAUAGAUUAAAAAUCAAAGUUCCUUAUACUGGAGUUUAGUGUUUUCCAGGUAUACUUCCGAGAGCAGUCAAGUGAGUUUUCUAAAUUUCUAACACUGUUGCCACUGUUGAAAUGUUAGUUGUACGAUAUUAUAUCAUAAACCAGUUUUGGUAUUCUUUCGUUGUUUCAUGAUCUUUGACGUCGAUCCGAAAGACAUAAGAAAUAUACAUUUAGAUCAUUCACCAAUGUUUUUAAUGGAUAUUACAAACUUUCUUCAGGGAAAUUAUCACCAGUAAAUAAAUCUGUAUUUUGGCUCUUCAUCUGACUUCACGGACCCAUCACGGACGUCUGGCACUAUAUAGGUCUUAAGCUUUAAAAGGUUUUAUGAUAUAUGCUUUUUUCUGGCACCCUUAGAUAUUUUACACUGGAGUCUUUAUUUUUUAAUACAUGUUGUAAAUAAGUUUUUAUGCUUUUUACCAGUGUAUAUCUGUAUGUUACAUAUGAUUUUGAGUAAUUGUAAGAUCUUGUCACGAAGUAGUCUUGUUACUAUUAGUACAACUGUACCUGCGGUGUCAUUAGAGGACAAUUUAACACAUAAAUGUUACUAUUAUGU